UCCCUCUCUUAAAAGCUCCUCCUUUUCUUCUUCCAAACAAGUUUUUAACACAAAAUUGAAGAAGACAAUGAAUUCGACUGUGAAUUCAUUAAUUUCUUGAUACUCAGUAAAAAAACAACAUCUGUGAUUCUAUUCACUAUACGUGUCUACAAGCUAGCUAGCUCCCACCACAAUCAUUAUACCCUUCUUCUUAUAUAAUACCUAUCCAUGCAAUACAAUAUUUCCUCAUCCCUUGUAAUUUUACUAUUCAACUCUCAAUUCAACAAUCUCCAUGAAGAGGGUUUUUGCAUUUGGGAAAGGAAGGAGCGAAGGAAACAAGGACAUGAAGGCCUUGUUGGGUGGAAAAGGUGCAAACUUGGCCGAGAUGGCUAGCAUCGGUUUGUCGGUUCCUCCAGGAUUCACAAUAUCAACUGAAGCAUGUCAAGAAUAUCAACAGCUAGGAAAAAACCUGUCGGAUCAGUUAUGGGGAGAAGUUAUGAUGGGUUUGAAAAUAGUCGAGAAAGAUAUGGGUGCUUCACUAGGAGAUCCUUUCAAUCCCCUUCUUGUUUCCGUUCGAUCUGGAGCUGCAGUAUCGAUGCCUGGCAUGAUGGACACUGUUCUUAACCUCGGAUUAAACGAUCAAGUUGUGCGUGGACUGGCUGCUAAAAGUGGAGAGCGGUUCGCAUAUGAUUCGUACAGGCGUUUUCUCGACAUGUUUGGUGAUGUAGUCAUGGGAAUUUCACACUCAUUGUUCGAGGAAAAGUUAGAGAAACUGAAACACUUGAGAGGAGUUAAACUUGACACUGAACUCACAGCUUCGGAUUUGAAGGAGUUAGUUGAGAGUUAUAAAUCAGUAUAUGUCGAAGCAAAUGGAGAGAAAUUUCCUUCAGAUCCAAAGAAACAGUUGGAGUUGGCAAUUAAAGCUGUGUUUGAUUCAUGGGAUUGUCCUAGAGCAAUCAAAUACAGAACGAUAAAUCAUAUAACCGGAUUAAUGGGUACUGCUGUAAAUAUCCAAACAAUGGUAUUUGGAAACAUGGGAGAUACUUCAGGUACUGGAGUUCUUUUCACCAGGAACCCUAGUACUGGAGAAAACAAACUUUAUGGAGAGUUUCUAAUUAAUGCCCAGGGUGAGGAUGUUGUUGCUGGCAUAAGAACACCACUAGACAUUGUUGCCAUGAAAAAUUCAAUGCCUGGAGCUUAUCAAGAACUUGUAGAAAAUUGUCAUAUUUUAGAGCGCCAUUACAAGGAUAUGAUGGACAUAGAAUUCACUGUUCAAGAUAAGAGACUUUGGAUGCUGCAAUGUAGAAUAGGCAAGAGAACAGGUAAAAGUGCAGUUAAGAUUGCUGUGGAUAUGGUUAAUGAAGAUUUAGUGGAUAAAGUAACUGUAAUUAAGAUGGUUGAACCAAGACAUCUUGAUCAACUUCUGCACCCUCAGUUUGAAGAUCCAUCUGCUUAUAAAGAGAAAGUACUCACGAAGGGUUUACCAGCAUCUCCUGGAGCUGCGGUUGGUCAGAUUGUUUUCAAGGCUGAAGAUGCUGAAUCAUGGAAUGCUCAAGGAAAGACUGUCAUUCUUGUUAGAACAGAAACCAGUCCAGAGGAUGUUGGUGGCAUGCAUGCAGCUACUGGAAUCUUGACAGCCAGAGGUGGAAUGACAUCUCAUGCAGCUGUUGUUGCCCGUGGUUGGGGUAAAUGUUGUGUUGCUGGUUGUUUUGACAUUCGUGUAAACGAUGUAGACAAGGUGUUAGUUAUUGGGAAAACGACUAUGCAUGAAGGAGAAUGGAUUUCGCUAAACGGGACAACAGGGGAAGUGAUUUUCGGUAAACAAGCGCUGGCUCCUCCAUCUUUGAGUGAUGAUUUGGAGACAUUUAUGUCUUGGGCUGAUAAGAAGAGAAAAAUCAAGGUUAUGGCUAAUGCUGAUUCACCAGCAGAUGCAAUUGCGGCAAGAAACAAUGGAGCAGAGGGAAUUGGUCUUUGCAGGACAGAACACAUGUUCUUUGCAUCGGAUGAGAGGAUUAAAACUAUGAGAAAGAUGAUUAUGUCUGUCACACAAGAACAGAGACAGGCUGCACUAAAUCAGUUAUUGCCUUUUCAAAAAUCAGACUUUGAAGGAAUUUUCCAAGCAAUGGAUGGUCUGCCUGUUACUAUUCGACUUCUAGAUCCUCCCCUCCAUGAAUUUUUACCCGAAGGCGACAUUGAUCAAAUUGUCAAAGAUCUAACAGCAGAAACCGGUUUAACUAGUGAUGAAGUAUACUCCAAGAUCGAGAAUUUAUCUGAAGUCAAUCCUAUGAUGGGAUUUCGCGGCUGCAGGCUCGGGAUAUCAUAUCCAGAACUAACUGAAAUGCAGGCACGAGCCAUACUUCAGGCUGCGAUAUCAACUAGGAAUCGUGGUUUUACAGUUCUACCUGAAAUAAUGGUUCCUCUUAUUGGCACACCCCAGGAACUAGAAAAUCAGGUGAGUUUGAUUCGCAGUGUUGCCAAGAGAGUGUUUACUGAAAUGGGCUCAUCAGUGAACUAUAAGGUGGGCACCAUGAUAGAGACUCCUCGAGCUGCCCUGGUUGCAGAUAAGAUAGCUAAGUUAUCUGACUUCUUCUCGUAUGGAACAAAUGAUCUUACACAAAUGACAUUUGGGUAUAGCCGAGAUGAUGUUGGAAAAUUCAUUCCAACUUACUUAUCUAAAGGAAUCCUCCAGAAUGAUCCAUUUGAGGUACUUGAUCAGGAAGGUGUAGGUCAAUUGGUGAAGAUGGCUACUGAAAGAGGCCGCAAAUCUAAGCCAGGAUUGAAAAUAGGAAUAUGUGGAGAACAUGGUGGGGAGCCUUCUUCAGUUGCUUUCUUUGCUCAAAUUGGUCUUGACUAUGUUUCAUGUUCUCCUUUCAGGGUCCCUAUUGCUAGACUUGCAGCUGCUCAAGCUGCUCUUUGAGAAAGGAGGACUCGAUGUUUUCGCAAUUUUUAUUUUUUUUAUAAAUAAAAUCUUACCUUGUUCAUGUAAUAAUAACACUAAUCAUAAUAAUAUGCGAGAGCUCUGAUGAGCUUGUAAAUCCUCUGUCUGAGACUAGGCUUGAGGGUCUUGUUUUCUUUACUAUUUAGGUUUCUAUGUUUUGAUCCAUAAAUUCAAUGCAAUUUUUCUUGAUUCA